GGGACGAAGGUAAUAGUGGAGGCAGUAGUACGUAAAAUUAGUGGUCCGUUCUUACCUGACUGCCCAGCCAAAUGUAGUUUUCCCUUUUCAGCUAAGAUGUUACCGUAAAAACGUACAAAAUGGUAAGGGCACUGAAGCGAAUGCUCUUAUCGAAAUACUCCUAAAACAAUCCAACCAUCAAAUCGCAUCCCACCUGUGUGUUUAUUUUAUGUUGAUUAUUCAUCCACCCCCUUGGUGAUCCGAAUCGAAGGUUUUAGUAUAAUCAUUUAAUGGGUGCGCCUAAACAAAAGUGGACUCCUGAAGAAGAAGCUGCUCUUAAAGCUGGUGUCCUUAGGCAUGGGCAGGGAAAAUGGCGCACAAUUCUCAAGGAUCCAGAAUUUAGUGGAGUUUUGCAUCUGCGUUCAAAUGUAGAUCUCAAGGACAAGUGGAGAAACAUGAGUGUCAUGGCAAAUGGGUUCGGAUCUAGAGAGAAGGCUAGGUUAGCUCUUAAAAAGAUGCAUCAAACCUCCAAACAGGAUGAAAGCCCAAGUACACUUGCUAAGGUUUCACCUCAUAGUGAUGAAGAUACUAUUAAGGUCAAGCCAGUAGCAACUUCUAGUGGUUCUCCGCUGGUUGGUGGUUCAAGAAAAUCUAUCAUUAGAUUGGACAAUCUUAUCAUGGAUGCCAUAAGCAACUUGAGAGAGCCUGGUGGUUCUAACAAGGCAUCUAUCUCUUCUUACAUAGAGAUGAAACGGAAAUAUACAAUAGCAACAACUUUAACACUUUCCAAAAGAAGAAACUCUCCCGCUUUACUAUUGGAGGGAAGGCAGAACCUGUCACCCAAACCGGAGACGGACCCACAUUUUUCAAAGGCGAGGAGUAGUAUGACUCGUAUAGAGGUGGCAGAAGCUGCCGCUAAAGCCGUAGCCGAAGCAGAAGCUGCCAUAGCUGAAGCUGCAGAGGCUGCAAGGGUUGCAGAAGUAGCAGAAGCUGAAGCUGAAGCCGCCCAAGCCUUUGCAGAAGCAGCGAUGAAGACUCUUCAGUGGAGGCACUCUCCCAGGAUGUCAUCCAACUAAAGACAAGGACUGAAGAAGAAACUGGCCGCAGCUGUUAGAUGAAUCAUCAGAGACCAGAGGAUUACUAUUCUGGCGAGGACCUAGGACCUCCAUUCGACCGUUCCAUUAGAAGCAGAGUCAGAGGCCCUUCUUCAUCACCAUAUUCGUCGACACCAGAAGCAGGAUGCCCCUCCGUUCCGUCUUUGACGAGAGAGAUGACUUGAAUAUGAAAGUGCCGGCAACACCUUCGUUUCUGCGUGAAUUGAACUACUAUCGUGGUCAAAGAUGAUUGUGAAGAGGAAGAUGAACACUUAUUUCAUGUCUUCUCCAUAGAUGAAGAGUAAAGUUGAUGAUGAGGAUGAACGAGUCCAUUCAGAUGCAGAUCAAUCAUUUCUCUUUUUUUUUUUUGUUUUUUUAGUUUUUUACGGAAGUUGUGGGUAACCUGGAUCAAUGGCGGAAGACCACAUAUAAAUUUGAGAUUUAGGUUAGAAUUACGUGUAUUUGGGAUUAAUAUUAGAUAACAUGAAACAGUGAGAUUAUUCAUGUAAAUUUUUCCUUAAAGUUUUACCCUUCUUUUUACUCUUCCAAACAUGUGCAGAUGAUUCGUGCUUGAUGGAUUUGCUUAAGGACAGUCAUGAUCUGUGAGCACACUCACUCUUCUGGAUGUGAUAUCCUCCGUUGUAAAUAGGACAGACAUGUUUCAGCUAAACCCAUUUUUAAGCCACUAAACUUGGCUUGUUUCCCCACUUCAAGUCCAUCCAAAUAUCUGUGUUUGGAUGGAAAUGCAAAACAAAUAGAGGGGCUUUGGUAUACUUGUGGGGCUUUAGCCCUCUAGUAUAUCAAUUGGGCUUUAGUUUACCUAUGAUGUGCUGUUUAUAACUGGUUAAAAGUUGGGGGGUUCAAUAGGCUAACAAACCAAGUUGUGAGUUUAAAAAUGGGGUUUGCCAAUAUUUAUUAUGUAGAGCCAGAUGGACUGGUGGAGAACCUGAAGCACUUCAAGAACUAGUCGAGUACAGGAAGUGUCUGUAUUGAAAUUGGGAAAAAAUGUCCAUAUACUUUUGACAUAGGAGUAAAAGGCAAAUGCAAAUAUGAGCAAGUAAAAAAUCAU